AUGCCGCUGACCAGUACCAAGUCGGCAGAUGUAUUCUUGCAUGUUCCCCGGGAUGUGUCAAUCCCCACAGAUCGUCCGUCGCGGCGUGCAGGUGCUCCUUCUCGGAGUAAGCCGACCAAGACGGUGACGCUGGUCUUUUUUAUUCCAGGCAACCCGGGGCUGAUUUCAUACUACCAUCCUUUUUUGGAUCUUUUGGCCAAACGGUUAGGAAAGCGGCAACGGCAAGAUCGAUGGCAAGACAGGCAGGCUGUGAUCACUGCCGGAUUGAGUCUCGGUGGGUUCGACGUUGCAAAGAACGGAGGUGACCACGACGAUGACCAUGACGACGACCAGUCAGCGGCGGAGGAGAAGAAGAAGAAAAUGCGAGAAUUGAUGUACCCAUCUCGUGGAUCACACAGAGGAAUCGACGACGGCGGCGGCGGCGCCAACAACAACAAAAGCAACAACAACAGGAUCUACUCUCUCAAGGAUCAGAUAGAACUCUGCUACGCUCGGGUUCAGAGUCUAUGUGAUAUGAUACGGGAAGAGUAUCAUGGACGGCUGGACGAGGGCGAGAAAGGGAGUACUGGCCCCGAUGGUGUAAAAGUCAUACUCGUCGGACACAGCGUGGGGACCUACAUCUGUCUCGAAAUGGUGAGGUUAUGGCACGAGAGACGACUGCCAAAGAAGGAGCAUGGUUCGUCCAAACACGAGAGGGAAGAACCCCCUUGGACGAUGUCAAACUGCAUCCUACUCACGCCUACGAUAGUGGACUUGCACAGUUCUGCGUCGGGCAGGAUAGCGACCCCGCUCCUCACGAGUGUACCGUUCGUGUCGGGGUGUGUCCCCGGCUUGGCUCAGCUGUUGGUCCACGCCGUUGUGGUCAAAAGUGUCCUUCCGGCACACUGGCUCCGGGGCUUCGUGAAAAAGGUCACGGGGAUGGAGGAAGGCGGCCACGGUCUCGACUCGACAAUGGCGUUCCUGGAAAGCCAGAGUGGUGUCAGGCAGGCCUUGUCCAUGGCCGCGGACGAGUUGAGAGAAAUCAGGGCGGAUCGGUGGGGUGACGAGGUUUGGGGAGCCGCGGUGGACGAGGACGAGGGAGAUGCGACGACUUCAACAACACCGAGAGACGAGGGCGAACGAAACGAGAACGCGGAAAACCGCAAGUGUCCACCUAGAAUGUAUCUCUGGUUUGCGAAAGAAGAUCAUUGGAUCGCGGAUAUGACGAGAACAGACAUUCUAAGAAACAGGGGUCAAAGAGCGACGGGUCAACAGCGAGGGCCCACGAUCGUGAUUGAUGAGACCGAGGGACUGGUGCACGCUUGGUGUUUGGAACAGAGUGAGAUGGUCGCGGCACAGGUGGGACGAUGGUUAGAGGAGAUCAUGGAGUAA